CCCAUACUGCCAAUGACUUUGAACGAGACCAUUCUGGAGGUAUUGGUUCGCACCCAGGCAGACUUCGGCUACAAACCCAGAGUCUAUGAGAGGACCUAUUGGCAAGCCUACUGCACGGAUGACACCGAUAUCAAGACCGCUGCGGAGUGCAAGAUUGCAGCAGUGCAGAUGGGCAAGCAAUGGGCAGGAACUGUCCAUCGCACAGGUGGACACAAAUACUGUAUGUGGGGAGCGAAUGACAAGGUCUCAUUCAACUUGGCGACGAACUACUCAGAGACACCACCCUUGAAGCCAUACGGCUCCGUGUGCCAUGCAGAGAAAUGGCAGAACUACACCAAGACGUACGAGCUGGUGGGAGCAGGAUUUUGCAGACCUGAAGGCUGUGAUCCUGAAGAUCCGAAUUGCCGGGUGAAUGGCUACUACGGAAAUGGGGCAUCCUUACUUGAUUGUCGCCGGAGGUGUGAGAUGGAAGCCAACUGCAUCGGCUUCUCCUUUCUACCCAGCGAUGGAAUCGACCAAGUCAACAGUGGCUGCUUCGUGCACACGAACGGGUCCUACGUGCCACCAAACUGGAUUUCUUACGCCAAAGACUACAAGAGCAUAGGUGGUGCCUCUUUCACAUCGUCUGCGUUAUGCUAUCGCGUUGUUCCCACAGAUCCUACCAGGCCAAAAACGCGGGGCUGCUAUUUCAAACAGUCGACAGCGGGGAAUGGACGUUGUGGAGGGCCACAUACGACUUGGGUUUCAGAUGACUGGGGCCGUCAGAAUGAAUGGUCCUGGGAAGACGAGGCCCGUUGUUUUGAGCGCAAAACUGACCUGGAUGCCUACUGUGAGACCAACACCACAAUGCUCUUUGUGCAUGACUCUGCCAACGAGGCGUUUGGAUCGCCAUCACCGCGUGCCGUGGCUGAGCGUUUGACGUGGGUUGCGACAAAGGAACUGUUGCUAUCGUUUGAACUUCCUCGUUGCCAGACAGUGCCAUUCCAGCAGAGGGGUCAAGGUGGCAAUGCUCGGCGUGAUCGCCAGCGACGUGGUGGGGGGCGCGGCAACGCUCGCCGCCUGCAGAAACAGGCGCGCCUGCAGAAACAGGCGAACCAGGCACAGAGCAUCAAUGGGCAGCGCAAAAUUCACACCAGCUGACAGCGUGUGAAAGCAUCUGAGAGCCGCGAGGGCUAUAUUGUUCUCCAAACAGACUCGAAAACUCG